CUGUUGCGCAAGGGUGGAGGGAGGGAGAGAGAGAGAGGAGAAAACUUUCAGUGCAGUCAGACCGUUUUCUGCUUAAUCAGUGUGGCACAGUGAGGCACAGACAUUCGCUGUCUAGGUGUUGAGGGAAAGCUGAGAGGAUGAAGGCUCUAAGUCCCCAGUGGAAGCAUGAUAUGGCGGCGCAGAGCUGGUGCUGAAUUCUCCUCUCUGAUGGCUCUAUGGGAGUGGAUAGUACUGAGUCUUCAUUGCUGGGUUUUAGCGGUUGCUGCUGUCUCUGAUCAGCAUGCCACAAGCCCCUUCGACUGGCUCCUUUCUGAUAAGGGACCCUUCCAUCGCUCACAGGAGUAUACAGAUUUUGUGGACAGAAGCCGACAGGGAUUUAGCACAAGAUACAAGAUAUACAGGGAAUUUGGCCGUUGGAAGGUAAAUAAUCUUGCAGUUGAGAGAAGAAACUUCCUUGGCUCUCCUUUGCCUCUUGCCCCUGAAUUCUUCCGCAACAUAAGGCUUUUGGGACGGCGACCUACUCUUCAGCAAAUCACAGAAAACCUUAUCAAGAAAUAUGGGACUCAUUUCUUGCUAUCUGCUACUCUGGGAGGAGAGGAGUCACUCACAAUUUUUGUGGACAAGCGGAAGCUGAGCAAAAGAUCUGAAGGAAGUGAUCCAAGCACUAAUAGUUCAUCUGUCACUCUGGAGACACUCCAUCAGCUGGCUGCGUCCUAUUUUAUUGACAGGGACAGCACUCUUCGCAGACUUCACCAUAUCCAGAUUGCAUCCACUGCCAUCAAGGUGACAGAAACCCGGACGGGUCCUCUUGGCUGCAGUAACUAUGACAACCUAGAUUCUGUCAGCUCUGUUCUGGUUCAGAGUCCUGAGAAUAAAAUUCAGUUGCAAGGGCUUCAAGUUCUCCUUCCCGACUAUCUUCAGGAACGUUUUGUGCAGGCAGCAUUGAGCUACAUUGCUUGUAAUUCAGAGGGGGAGUUUAUCUGCAAGGAUAAUGACUGCUGGUGUCAUUGUGGUCCAAAAUUUCCAGAAUGCAACUGUCCCUCCAUGGACAUUCAAGCCAUGGAAGAGAAUCUUCUUAGAAUAACCGAAACAUGGAAAACCUACAACAGUGACUUUGAAGAUUCAGAUGAAUUCAAAUUCUUCAUGAAAAGACUACCCAUGAAUUAUUUCCUCAACACAUCAACUAUAAUGCAUUUAUGGACAAUGGAUUCUAAUUUUCAGCGCAGCUAUGAACUACUGGAGACCAGCAUGAAACAGCUUUUCCUGAAGGCACAUAGAAUUGUCCACAAGCUCUUUAGCCUUAGCAAGCGGUGCCACAAACAGCCCCUCAUCAGUCUGCCAAGACAGAGAACUUCAACCUACUGGCUCUCUCGCAUCCAGUCUUUUCUCUACUGCAAUGAGAACGGCCUCCUGGGCAGCUUCUCUGAGGAGACCCACUCCUGCACCUGUCCGAACGACCAGGUCGUGUGCACAGCCUUUCUGCCCUGCACUGUGGGCGAUGCCUCUGCUUGCCUGACAUGUGCACCUGACAACCGAACCCGCUGCGGCACCUGCAACACGGGCUACAUGCUGAGCCAGGGACUGUGCAAGCCUGAAGUCGCUGAGUCAACUGACCACUACAUUGGCUUUGAGACUGACCUGCAAGACCUGGAGAUGAAAUACCUGUUGCAGAAAACCGACCGACGAAUAGAAGUCCAUGCCAUCUUUAUCAGCAAUGACAUGCGUCUCAAUAGCUGGUUCGAUCCUUCCUGGAGAAAGCGGAUGCUCCUGACCCUGAAGAGUAACAAGUACAAGUCCAGCCUGGUCCACAUGAUCUUGGGUCUCUCUUUACAGAUUUGCUUAACUAAAAACAGCACGUUGGAGCCAGUGCUGGCUGUUUACAUCAAUCCAUUCGGAGGCAGUCAUUCCGAGAGCUGGUUUAUGCCUGUGAGUGAGAGCAGCUUUCCCGAUUGGGAGCGGACUAAGCUGGACCUCCCACUGCAGUGCUAUAACUGGACACUGACUCUGGGAAACAAAUGGAAGACGUUUUUUGAAACAGUACACAUCUACCUGAGGAGCCGCAUCAAGGCAAAUGGCCCCAACAGCAACGAAAGCAUUUACUAUGAGCCUUUGGAGUUUAUUGACCCCUCUCGGAACCUGGGCUACAUGAAAAUCAACAACAUUCAAGUGUUUGGCUACAGCAUGCACUUCGAUCCUGAAGCUAUCCGGGACCUGAUUUUGCAGCUGGACUACCCUUACACUCAGGGAUCCCAGGACUCGGCACUUUUGCAGCUACUAGAGAUAAGAGACCGUGUAAAUAAACUCUCCCCACCUGGUCAGCGCCGUCUAGAUCUUUUCUCUUGCUUGCUUCGUCAUAGACUCAAGCUGUCUACUAGUGAGGUGGUGAGAAUUCAAUCUGCUCUGCAGGCAUUUAAUGCCAAAUUACCAAACACAGUGGAUUAUGACACAACCAAAUUAUGUAGUUAACCGUAAAUGUCAAGCACAACCCAAAACCUUGAAGGAGUUUUUACAGUGCUUUUGUGGAACAGUUUAUGUUUGGAAAAGUAAAUUUAAAUUGUCUUUUCAAUAUCUGUCUUAUAUCAGUCAAUAACGUUGGAUGGCAAUUUACAUACAUGAACUUGCUGACAAUGAAUAUAUUAUACUACAGUUUUGGUUUAUGAAUGAAAUAAAUACUGACACCAGUCUAUAAGACAUUCUACUUUUUACAAUAAAUUUCAUUUGUAAUUUUA